AUGGUACCGAGCAUUGAGGAAGUAAUCAAUUACAUUUGGCAUAUUCAAUGCAUCAGACAUGUGAAACGGACCAAAACACCAAGAAAAACCAAAGGAAGAAAACAAGACCUGUCGUUCUCCGCUAGCGCCGUAGCGUUCCCGACGAACGCGGAGUUGGGAACCCAAAGAACCAUUGAUCGACUGAUCUUGAACUUCACCACCUUUCUUACCGCUAAUUCAUUGUUUUGGAAUAUUCUGAUCAUUUUGUUUUUUAGUGAUCUUUGA